AUUGUAAAACAGCAAAGAAUUAGUAUUUAUAGCUCAGUGGCAAUUCUAUCACGACCACGACGCAUGCGUAAGAUAAAAACAACCUUAUAAUAUUUUGUGACGUUUUGUGGACAUAUUCAGGCAAAUUGUAGAGAUUUUUAACAUUUUCUGUUGAUUUUACGAUACAUUCGCUUGAAAUUUGGUCAACCUAAUAAAGGUAAGUGUAUAUUUUGAAUCAUACAAUGAAUUUUAGGUGUAAAUAAGUGAUAUAUGAUCUUUUUAAAACAUUGCAUUCUGGAGCUAUUGAAGUAUGACUCAUUGUUUUUGUCUUGAUUUUGCUUUUAGUUUGUUCGUUACUCGAUUAUGUUAGAGGUUACUUGUAAUGACCGAUUGGGGAAGAAAGUCAGAGUGAAGUGCAAGUAUCCUUUUGAUGAAAACAACUAAGAAUACAUACAUAAAAAUGUCAAUUUCUGUUGUGAAAAUUGACAAAAAAAAAACACAAAUACCAUACAGGAUUAUUGGUUGUAUCGCUAACUAGAAUGUUGAAAGUUUGAUAGAAAGCAUCAAAUUUGUGCACUUGUUAUCAUGGUUGCACAGUACAAACUUUCCACAUUGGUUUGUUGUUAGCGAUACAACCAAAUUUAUGCCAUAGAGUAAGGGGGAGCAUCCAUACUCAACUUGCCACGACACUGCCACUCAACUUGCCACGUCAAUCUGUGGCAAGAAAAAAAUAAGUGUGAAUACUCAAAAAUACUUGUUUUAACAAACAUAACAAAUAAAUCUAAAGUCUUGCAAAGUAAGAUUGUUUGUUUGGUAUAUUUAUUUUCCUUGACUAGGGAAAACAUUGUACAGGUUUGUGUUUUUAAAGUACGUACGGUAUUACAAAUAGAAUUUUAUAUUAUACAAAAGAAUUUUAUAUUGUACUUUUAUAAUAUUCAAAAGUGUCAAACUGCCACAGGCAAAAUAUCAAAGAAAAUAACCCACGCACCCACAAACGUCAAAUUGACGUUUCUCGUGGCAAGUUGACUAUGGAUGCUUCCCCUAACAGGGUGCGAUAAUUUGCGUACUUACUUACGUACCAGAGGUAUGCCAAUAUUACGGUCUGUUACGUACGUCUGUCUUUUUAGUCGCUUACCACGUAGGUACUUCGUAUUCUUGUUAUUUGCGUACUUAACUUUUUGCUUGUAACAUUUGACCUUUCCAAGCCCAAGUUAUUCAAAACCAUAAUAUAUUCGGAAUAUAUGCAAGUGUGGCAUGACUGGGCAUUAAACAUGAUUGGACUGAUAUGAUGAGAUAGAACUAAGGAAUGUUAGAGAGUCGAUCGUAGUGUUUGUGUAUGUAUAAACUACUAGUUUCAAGUUACUGAAUGAAUAUCUUUCAAAAACCUGUUACUUCAUUCUAUUAAAGACUAAGUACACAUUGAGUCUUAGGCCGCGUUUACACUACUGUAUGAUGCUAUGGCUAACACCCCGUUAAAAAAUUUACUAUGUUUCUAGUAUUGAGACUAUAUUGUGUUUACACCAUAGCGGAGCGGUUUACCGUAGCGUACUAACUACGGAAUUAUAUUGUGUUUACAUUAUAACAGAGUGGGUUGCUGUAGUGUAUUAACUACGGAAAUUAAUUUCAUUAAAAAUUCACUACAUUUCUUAAUAUUGUGUUUACACUAUAACAGGGUGGUUUGCCGUAGCGUAUUAACUGCGGACCACUAUGUUGGGCACUCCGGAUGCAAAUCACUACACUACGGUAAAUUUGCUGUACCGUCGUAGUGUAAAUGCUGCCUUAAGCAGCUCAAGUUUGAGCCAAUAGUCAUUGGAGUACCAGUCAGGUACGACUAAAAAAUAUUGAAUUAUUGCACCCUAUUAUAAUACUCCAACAGUUUACAACUUUAAGUUCUGUGGCUAUUGAUCCAAAAUAGUAUUAUGCCUGCAUACAAUAUUCACUUUUUUAUGGACAAUAAUUUUUUUAUGAACAAUAAUUUUUUUAUGAACCUGUAUUGGAAAGGAAACAGCUUAAUGAAUGAAAGCAUUACCUAUUUUGUGGCAAAAUUUUCUUUUAACCCAUUGAGCACCAGCUCUUGCCCCUUGAUGAGUAAAAUUGCUUCGCAUUAGACAGAGGAUGAUAAUAAAGUAGGGUGCAUUGGGAUGCAAUGGGUUCACCAGCACUCUCCCAUUGACAGGUAAAAUUAUCUUGUGUUAGACAGAGUAAACUCACCGGGUUUAAUACAGUUGUUCAAGCUCAAUACUGAAACAACUGUCCCAAACAUACUCAAUAUUUUAGGUAUAUUUAUAUAUUAUUAUUUAGAAAUAUUGAGUAACCUAUAGUUUACAAAUAUCUAUCAUUUUUAAUAUAUAUUUGAUAUACUACAACAGCCUACGAUUACUUUCACAUUGAGAGAUGUCUGUUGCCAGGUACAGGGUUAAGAUGGCACAUGUUAUACUAUGGCAAUUAUUUUUUUCUUACAUUGUUAAUGUUGACCACAGUCUAUCAGUAAACAAAUACUUUCCGUGACUAACGACCCAGCUCUGAUGAUACCGUUGGUGAUUUGAAGAAAUUGAUUGCCGCUCAGACAGGGACAAAAUGGGACAGAAUUGUUCUAAAAAAAUGGUGGGUUGCAGGCCUUAACAUAUCUUUUACAGGGCCGUCUGACAAAAUGUCCGAUGAGGUUGAGUUUGGGACGGACAUAUGUCCGAUGACCUUCAGUUCAGUUUUGACCGGAAAUAAGUCUGAAUGACACAAAUGAAUAUCAGCACAAUGUAUUAAUUCUGAACGGUAAAUGUUGUGAAAAUAUUAAAUAAUUUGUUUCUUUCAUACUCAUUUCCAACCCAAAAUUAACUUGCUUUCCAGAUUUCCAGAACAGCAGUAUUAAAAAAGACUUCGACAACUUAAGCCCGUUUUCCGACUCACCAUUUCGCUCGUCACCCCGCGCUCGACUACGUUAAAACAACAUUUCCAGUUCACCUUUUAUACAAUAGUACUCUGAUUCUCUAUUUAACAUACAAGCCUCUAGUCCUGGACUAAGGUACAUUUUGAUUUACGUUGGACAAAGCUACAGUUAGGUCGGACACCAAUACACUCAGGUCGGACAAACAAUAAACCUCAGUUUCACUUAGGUCGGACAGAAUGUCCGGUGGUUUCCUCUCUACGUCGGACAAUUUCACGAAUGGGUCGGACAAUGUCCGUGACCGACCGAUAUUUUAAGGCCUGGGGUUGUAAAAUAUUGUUGUAGGGAUUUGUAAUGGAAAAAUUUUUUAGUGUGAUUUUUGUACAUUUAUUAGACCUAACCUGAGGGGCAGUUGCAAAAUAAUGCAACUAUCGGCCCUUGUGCAGAAAUCGAACCUGCAUGUGAUUCUGGUGCAGCAAUGUGGUUACAGCUCAACAACUGUUUCUUUGUAUAGCUCAGUUGGUUAGAGCACUGCACCAGAAAGGCACCCCAUUGCAGGCCCAAAAUCCUGGAGUAUAAAAGUUCUAUUGUGAAUGUUAGAAAGCCUGCACUAGAGCUGCUCCCAUCGGUUAAUUUUCGUAAUCGAUUAAUUGUUGUCAACAAUCGAUUAAUAUCGAUUAAUCGUAUUGAUAAUUAAAUAAAUUUAAAUAUGACAUGCCCAUGGUGCAGGUUUGUAAGUGUUUACUAAAUUUUUGGAAGUUGCACAUAAACAUGUCAAUUUCAUUGCUCAAAUAUGGCACUUGGUGUGGCCAAACUAACGUUUUAAAACGUGAAACAAGGUUUUAAAAUCCGCACGCCGCAAUGUUGGACGCAAAUGCUAAUAAAUUCUUCUAAUAAAAAAAUUUAAAGAUAUUUUCGCAGCACUGGUAAACCCGAUCAGACUAAGGUAAACUUUGCACGCUGACAGUGAAUUUUAUAUUUGACGGACAAAGUUUUGAAUAAUGUUUGUCAUUUAAAUUAAUCACAAUCCCGUCGCAAUUUUUUAAAUUAAUCAGAAAAUAUGUGGUGUUAUAUAUAUGGUGUUAUAGAUGAUCCGAUUAUCCAACUGCUGUUAAGCCUAAUCGAUUGUGGAAAAAUAAUCGAUUAAUCGGGAGCAGCUCUAGCCUGUGCUACCGAAUUUUAUUUAAUUUUCCAUUAUUAGGUACACGAUUUUCAAAGACCAUAUAACACUAAAUGACUGUAUCCUUUGAAAGUGACCGACUUGUUUUUGCACAACAAUACCUGCCCAGCCUAUUUUUGUGAGGUUGUUACAGCUUGCUUGCUUUGUAUAGGUGCUACCAUGGUUUCGAGUGCAAUUUGGAUAUAACAUGCACGAGGAUACACUUGUCCUUUGGACUCAUGCUAUAUGAGGUCUUUUAAAAACUUGCAAGCGCAUGUUUAAUAUCCAAAUUUCGUGAGAAACCAUCCUAUUACUUAUUAAUAAUUUACAUAAAAGUAUUCGAGACAAUCAAAUUUGAACUUGACCAAGUGUGGAAAUCUUUCCGCACCGCCAAAUGUGGCCGUGUUUAUUUUGAAAAAAGAAUUUUUUUAAAUUUUCCACGCCAAUACCUAGCUCAAUUUUGAUUGGUUCAUAGUGAUUACAGAAAACUGCACUACAGUUUGGGAUUAACUGCACUGAAAUCAACCAAUCGCAGACAAGGAAUACUUUUAUGUAUGAUAUUAGUAAUGUAACAAGGCACCAAAAAUGACAUGGUGAUUUCAGAUGUGUGUUCUUACAAUGCCAGCAGAUCACACUCAUGGCUUUUGCUGACCAAUGUAAGGGUUUUUUUCCGACUUACCUUCCAGGAUAUGAAACUGGAACCAUAGGAUAUUUUUGCUAGACUUCAGUUCCCGCAGUUUUGGUGAGAUGUGGUCGACACAACAAAAAAGUGUGUGACAAAACAAAAAAUCAUCAGUUCAUGGGCUGAGUUCACCUGAACCGAAAACAGGCUUUAAUGCCAUGUGUUAUAGGGUCUGUCUGAAUGGCCUUCCUUCGUUCCGUCCUUCGUUCCUUCCUUCAUCCAAAAAUGUUCUGGGACCAAGUGGUCCUGUAGUCUGAUACUUUCUCCACCCCCUGUACAAUGUUGAGUUUGGCUAUAUGCCCCUGGUUUCCCUUUAAAGUUUUCCUUAAUUCAAGUCACAGAUGAAAUUCAUGAUGGUAUGAACCUCGAGUUGUACUACCACUGAACGUAACUGACGAAAGAUUUGUCAUGUAUCAAUGUCUGUAAAAAUGUUCGGAUUAUAAACUGUACAGGACAAUGAAUUAAUACAUGGUUAUAGAAAGUGUGUACAACUAUAAAUGAGGCCGUACUUCUUUUAUUUCUUCGUUUAAGGAUGGUCUGUAGGUUGGAAAAAAUCUUGACGUAGUUUAUGGGAAAACCAAAUUCAAUCUUUGCCAUUUGGAGCAACUUUUAUAUUUUGAUUCAUGUAUCCAUGUUUAUGACUUGGGAUCAGUAGUUUGGAUUAGGGUUAGGGUAAGAAUUAGGGUCCCAUUCAAAAACAGGAAGACAUGAAUCUAUAACUAAGCAAUAAAAAAAGUAUGGCCUUAAUAAAAUACUAUAAAUUGUAGUGUAUCCACAACGAUUUGUACCAUAACUAUUUGCUAUAUGCAUUAAUGUUUUCACUGUAGAGAUUUUCUUAGCAUAAUAUUAUUAUUAGUAUAUCGAGUUGCUUGCUUUUGUAUUGUGUUCAAUGCACGUUAUUUUACAGUAAAUUAAAUUAAUGUUGAUAAUAAAAUAGUAUUUCAGAAAGCA